AUCCAUGCAUGAAAUGGGCCACGUGAAGGCAAGGUAGUUCCAUGCAAGCAAGCCACGGCGCGGCGGCGCCAUCGAGGGCGGGGCGCGGCGGCGAGAGCGAGCGCUGGCGUUUCGAGCUUCAUGGACCAUGGUGCUCUACGAGUAGCUAAGAGAAUCGGAAAGCUCGCUACAGUGCGAUAUGUAAUGGCUCCACCCGACACCCACACCUUCCACACGACCAGCAUCAGCACCGGCAUCAUCUGCACCCCGUUUGUUGCUUGGUUCUGCCGGUCCCCUCCUCCACCCCCUCCCCUUCCUCCGCUCUCAUACCAGACACUGAGAGACGCUCACCCUGGCAUCCCGACAGCAGCCACACCACCGCUCCGACUCCAACCCGGCUCGGCCUUCUGAGGCACUUCGAUUCAGGCUACAGCAAAAGCAGAAGCAAAAGCGAAGGCAAUCCGUGCUCGACAGCGCAGAGGAAGAGCUCCCAUUCCUCCGCGAGCUCCGCCACAAGCAGUCCUUUGUUGCCCGUACGCGACACAGACUCCGCUCGCCCUCGACACUACUGCUCUGCUUCGCCAUCUUUCUGGUAGUAGUCUUACAAUUCAUCGUACCGCGCCAUCUUUCGGUCUUCUUCCGCUCCGCCUACUCGCCGCAACCGCCGCCUUCCUGUCCCUCGCCGAAUCCUUUCGUCCAGGAAUUGUACUGUAGAGCUCCACAGCACGUCUCGGGAAGCCUAUAUCACAAGAGUCCGCACAGCAUGGCCUUGGCAGCAGCAGCUGAGCGCGUUGCCGCAGAGUUCGAGUACAGCAAGGAAAAUGUCAAUCGCGGCGUCAAGGAAUUCAUUAGCCAGAUGCAUGAAGGUCUGCAGAAGACAGGAGCCACUAUGUCUCAAAUUCCGACCUACGUGACUGCUGUGCCCAAUGGUACGGAGAAGGGACUCUACAUGGCAGUGGACUUGGGCGGCACGAACUUUCGAGUCUGCUCAAUUCAGCUGCAUGGCAACAGCACAUUCAGCUUGACCCAGAGCAAGGUGGCCAUUCCCAAGCAUCUGAUGGUCGCCAAGACUAGCCAUGACCUGUUCUCUUUCUUGGCUAAGCAGAUCGAGCUGUUCCUCAAAACUCACCAC